AUGGAUUCUGUUCAAGAAGAUCAGCAGCCCAUAAAUAGAUCCAGCAGGAGCAUAAUUUUUGGGAAAUACGAGAUGGGCAGGUUAUUAGGCCAAGGAACUUUUGCCAAAGUCUACUAUGGAAAGAACCUCAAAACCUCCGAAAGUGUUGCAAUAAAAGUGAUCAACAAAGAUGAGGUGAAAAAAGAAUGCAUGAUGGAGCAAAUAAAGAGGGAAAUAUCUGUUAUGCGAUUAGUUCGACACCCCAAUGUUAUUGAACUCAAAGAAGUGAUGGCAACAAAGCAGAAAAUCUUCUUUGUAAUGGAAUACGUGAAGGGUGGUGAGCUUUUCGCAAAAGUCGCGAAAGGGAAGCUUAAAGAAGAUGUUGCAAGAAAGUAUUUCCAGCAACUGAUAAGUGCAGUUGAUUUUUGUCACAGCCGUGGGAUUUCACAUAGAGAUUUGAAGCCUGAAAAUCUUCUUCUUGAUGAAAAUGAGAACUUAAAAGUAUCUGAUUUUGGCUUAUCUGCUUUGCCUGAGCAGUUGAGAACUGAUGGACUUUUGCAUACACAGUGUGGGACUCCAGCUUAUGUGGCUCCUGAAGUUCUAAGGAAAAAAGGUUAUGAUGGUGCAAAAGCAGAUAUUUGGUCAUGUGGAGUGAUUUUGUAUGUACUUUUAGCAAGGUUUCUUCCAUUUCAAGAUGAAAAUGUGAUGAAUAUGUAUAGAAAAGUUUUCAAGGCAGAAUUUGAGUUUCCUCCAUGGUUUUCAUAUGAAGCCAAGAGAUUGAUUUCAAGACUUCUGGUGGCUGAUCCUGAACAGAGGAUUUCAAUUCAAGGUAUAAUGAGAGUCCCUUGGUUCUGCAAGGGUUUCACUAGGCCUAUUGCCUUUUCAAUUCAAGAACCAGUGGAAGAAAACUUUCCGGAGCAAAAGGAUGAUGAUUCUGAGAGUAAGAAAUCAUCCCCCCCUUUUUAUAAUGCAUUUGAAUUUAUAUCAUCGAUGUCGUCCGGAUUCAACUUGUCAAGCCUAUUCGAGAAUAGGAAAAAAUCGGGUUCUCUUUUCACAUCGAAAUGUUCCGGUUCAGUGAUUAUGAGCAAGCUGGAAUCACUUGCCAAGAAGCUGAAUUUUCGAAUUGUCAUGGCCAAGGAUUAUAAGAUGAAGAUGCAAGGAGUUUCAGAGGGGCGAAAAGGGAAAUUGUCUGUCACGGCCGAGGUGUUCGAGGUGGCACCAGAGGUGGCGGUGGUGGAGUUCUCAAAGUCUGCCGGAGACACAUUUGAGUACAAGAAAUUAUAUGAGGAGGAUUUGAGGCCUGCCCUAAAAGAUAUUGUCUGGAGCUGGCAAGGGGAAUGUAACAACCAGGAGUAA